UAACUCAUGCCUAGUAAGAUAUAUACACUCCUAUUUUAUCUUUUUCCUGCUAUUUUUAGAGAGCAGUACUUCGUGGUGCAAGCCGGCAAAUACACUGACAUCUCAGGAUGCAGUUAGGACAGUUGGUCGGGAGAGGCUUGACCGUCGCUGUGUUGCUAUGUGCACGCAGCGCAUAUGCAUGUACAGCUGUGUGCGUAGCAAAAAGUGCGUCUGUAGAUGGAGUGGCACUGACAUCACACUCCAAUGAUUGCCCCGAAUGCGAUAAUCGCUUAGCCUUGGUGCCUGGACGUACACAUAAAACAGGCGACAAGCAUCUGGUAUACGGAUUGGGUGCAGUGUACCCACGUGCUCACAAUAACAGAUCCGUUGUGUAUCAGAAUAGUCCCGACACACCAGUGCUAGCUUACAUCGAUGAAGUGGAGACUACAUACGGUAUAUGGGAAAAUACGUACCCGCUUAUCAACGAGGUGGGAUUGACCAUGGCGGAGAGCACGUGUGACAGCAAGGUAUCAGCUGCUGGUAUUGAUCAGCCUGAUCCCGCAACAGGAAAAUUUGGCGAAGCCAAGCUUUCGAUUACCAUGUUGAUGCAGCUUGGUCUGGAGCGCUGCGAUACAGUAGCCUGUGCGAUCAAAACAAUGGGCUCCUUAGCCGAGGAACAUGGAUUCUACGGCGAGGGGUUCAUGACCGGUGAAGCGCUAGCUCUUGCCGAUACCACCGGGGAAGCAUGGAUGUUUCAUAUCGUGCAGGAUUACACCACAAAAAUCAGUGCUGUAUGGAUAGCACAGCGCGUGCCCGACAAUCACGUUGCAGUUGUAGCGAAUGCCUUCACUAUCCAGGAGGUACCGUACGUUGCACCUGAGGCACUGGAUACCCGUGCAGACGGCUUUCUUCACAGUGCGAAUAUGUACCAGGAGGCCAGGUCUGCCGGUCUCUGGAAGGGUAUGGAGGGCAGGGAUAAGUUCUCGUUCCAGCGUGUGUUCGGGAGUGAAAGUAAGCCCAUGUACGCCACUGUGCGCAUGCAGUGGAUCUACACCAACGUCGCGCCUUCCCUUGGGCUCAAAGUUGAACACCACGUGUAUAAGAUGCCGUUCUCCGUGCCAGUAGACAGCCCCAUCACCGUGCGCGAGCUGAUGACGAUCUACCAGUCACACUACGAACAAACCGACCAUGACAUGACUCGUGGCGUCCUAGCUGGCCCGUUCUCUAACCCCCACCGCGUCAGCGGCGUGGAUGGUGAUGUGAAGCAGAAGAACGCCAUUCAGGGCCAGACCACUCGUGGUAUUGGGGUGCCCUACACGGCGUACACUCAUAUCGGAUACGCGCACCCUACAAGAGGAGCAUCGUUUUUUGCACUGGACGAACCGGCAAACUCCGUGUUUGUGCCACUACUGACGGCUACGUUGGUAGAGGCGAGGGAGGCCGGAAGCUUGAGCGAAACAGGUAAGCUGUAUGCGUAUGCGUACCAGAUAGGCACGAGGUUUGAACUGGAUCUGGACAGUGCUUGGUGGGCGUUUGACAUCGUGUCGAAUUGGAUGAAUCAGAACUACGGGCGCAUGCGCAGGGAGUUGGUGAAACCCGCAACCCAGAGGUGGCAGGAUCUCAUGAUGGAAGCGCACGACGCCGGCACGACCGAGGCCGCAACAUCUGCGCAGGAGUCCGUAGUGAACUACUGGAAGGAACUAUUCCAGACCCUGGUAGUGAGAUACAACGACGGCAUUCUGAACUAUGCUCCUGGGUACGACCCCCGUAUGCCUGUGGCGGAUAUUGGCUAUCCGGCCGAGUUUCUGGAGGAGAUUGGAUACGACAAUACCUUCUGGCUCACCAAGUCCUUCUCGGCGCGAUGCAACGACAUGGAGAAGAAGCAUGCUUCGCCCUGGGUGGCUACGGCCAGUACAGUGUUGCUUGCACUUGUGGCCGGGUUUGUGGUGGGUUGGGUGGUCAACGGGCGCAGGCGUUCCCCUUCCACAGCGGAGGAACGGCGCGCUCUUUUCUGAGUUAUAAUUUGCUGUGCAGGGCGUAUGAAGUCCUGGGAUGCUGAAUAUGAACAUGGAGCACCUCUGGACGUAGCACACUACGUCUCAGUGUGAGCACAUCGCACUCUUAGUUUGAUACAUUGCGAUGCAUUGGUUCAAGUGACCGAAACGUAUUAGCUAUAUUUUAGUUUAAGGUUAUUGCCCAAAUUAAGUAUCGUAGGCGGGCGAGCGGUGUUAAAUGGCACUGCGCCAGUUGAUGCAAUAUGUACGUUGGAGAUUGUCAAGGUGCGUUGUAUUUAAAUUGACGUUCUCCAUCUGAAUGUGAGUCAGGGAGGCGAUUCUCGGUACUAUUUUACUGGGAGUAGGUAGCGAAAAAGGGGUUGGCUUAUUUACACUCGAUACCCUGAAUUUAUGAUGGCAUCUAGGGCAGCAUCAAAGAGGAUAGUAAUUUCAACCUGAAUGCCCCAGGGGUAGUUAUUAUUGAGAUCGUUCGUGGAAUUAACAAGGAUAGUGUUCGGAAGAAGUUGGCUGGAAAUUAGACACAGCCAUUUAUGCCAUGAAUUACAAAUGCCGAUAUGUAAAAUACUUUAAAU